CCAAACGAGAAGAAGAUUUUUGUUGUCGUUUUGAACUUUAUUAGCUAGUCGUGUAGAGAGUUUAUUAAUAUCCACUAGUAAUCCAGUCAGAUAUGGCUUCUCUGUCUAUAAAUUCUCUUAAACAGAUAAUGCGGGUAAUGCUGGAUUCUCCUGGUUUUGACAGAGUUUUGAGUAAGGUGCAGCUGGUUUCUGCCAGUCCAGGAAAGGUAGUGUGUGAAAUGAAGGUGGAGGAAGAACACACCAACAGAGGAGGAACUCUGCAUGGAGGGUUGACCGCUACUUUGGUUGAUGUGAUUUCCACUACAGCACUGCUGUACACGGAGAGAGGAGCGCCUGGAGUCAGCGUCGACAUGAACAUCACGUACAUGAAUGCAGCUAAAGUUGGAGAAGACAUCCUAAUAACUGCACAAGUUUUAAAGCAAGGGCGAAGUCUGGGAUUCACUACAGUGGAUCUAACAAACAAGGCUACUGGGAAACUGAUUGCUCAAGGCAGACACACCAAGCACCUCGGCAGCUGAUUCUUUGUGGGACCCUGCACCUUUGUAAAUGUAAUAAUAACUAAAUGCUGACUCGCUUGACUGUACAGAAUGUCAGAUGAAUAGUAAUAAAACACAAUGAUUUUCAAA